UGGGACAAUAUGCAGAAAAAAAGGCGAAGUCGACGACGCGGAGGAAGAAGCACAGGAAAGGCCUCGCCAGUAAACUGAAAGCAAUAGCCCUAUCAAGAUGUCUUCAUUGCUACAAAUACCGCUUAAGAAAUCUCAAAAUGUAGAACUGAUCAAACCAUUUUCAAAUUACAUUAAAAACACAUUUUCAGAAGAGAAAUUGAGGGACACAAAGGAUGCCCUAGCCGAACUUAGUCAACUAAGGGCGAACGCAGUUGUAAAAUCACUGGAUAAGCACGAAACAUCAUUGGAAGUAUUACAAAGAUACUAUGACCAACUCUGCUCAAUGGAGGCUAAGCUUCCUAUUACAGAGGACCAAAUAAGGAUAAGUUUUACAUGGCAAGAUGCAUUUGACAAAGGUGGAAUCUUUGGUGCAACCAAAGCAUCAUUGAUAAAUGGAGCAUAUGAAAAAUGCUGUGUUCUUUUCAACAUUGGCUCGUUGUUUAGCCAGAUUGCAUGUUCCCAGAACCUUGGGACAGAUGAUGGCAUGAAAACGGCUGCAAAGUAUUUUCAACAAGCGUCAGGGAUUUUCAGUCACCUAAAAGAAGUAGCGUAUCCACAGCUGAAUACGUUACCUACACCUGAUUUUGCUGUUGACUGCCUUGCUACCCUCAGUGCUAUCAUGCUAGCACAAGCUCAGGAUUGUUAUUACCAAAAAGCAUCAGAAGGGAAAAUGAAAGUGGCAAAUUUAGCAAAAAUUGCUGCACAGACAGCAGACUUUUAUCAAGAUGCUAAUCGGUUGGCCACUUCACCUAUGGUUAAAUCUAUGUGGGAAAAGGAGUGGAUUCCUAUUCUGUCCGGAAAGCAAGCCUAUUUCACUGCAGUUGCAGAAUAUCACCAAGCCAGCGUUUGUGAAGAGCAGAAAAAAUUUGGUGAAGCAGUUGCCAGACUACAGAAAGCGGAAAAGUACAUACUCGAUGGCAUCCGGAAUGGAGACAAAUACUAUGACUGUAGAGAAAUGGCAGACAGCAUCAAGAAAAAGCAUGCAGGCGCAAAGAAAGACAACGAUAUCAUAUAUCUGGAUAAAAUUCCACGACAUGAUUCUUUGGACUCUAUCGGAAAAGCGGCGCUGGCUAAAGCUACCAGUGUCCAGUCCCCCUUGUCUAGCUCAUUCACAGACCUCUUCCCUUCACUGGUGCCUGUUGCUGUAAACCAAGCAGUAGCCACAUUUGAAAGUAAAAAAGCAGACUUAGUAAACAAAGAGAUCGGUCGAUUAAGAGAGUCUACACAAGUUCUCAACGGGAUAUUGGCAUCGUUAAAUCUGCCUGCAGCCAUCGAAGAUUUAUCAGGCGCCAAGGUUCCUCAGUCGGUCCUAGACAAAUCUACCGCGGUGAAGCAGAAAGGAGGCCUUAACAAAAUUGAUCAAAUGAUGCAGGACCUACCAGAUCUGCUGAACAGAAAUAAAGAAAUAAUCGACGAGACAAUUCGAAUGAUGGAUGAAGAAGAACAAGAAGAUACUCAGAUGAAAGAUCGGUUCCAAAGCAGAUGGAACCGGACUCCUUCGAAGCUACUAACCGAACAACUUCGAGCUGAAGGUGCUAAGUAUAUGUCUAUUUUGAACAAUGCGACGAAAGCCGACGCGAUCGUCAAGACGAAGUACAACGAGAAUAGACGAGCCAUGGAUAUCCUGUGUAAAUCAGCGCAAGAAAUCGAGGCAGCUUUGCCAAAAGGAGGCUCAAAUGUUGCUGGAGGUGGACAAAGUGCGGUCCAGGAACUUAGGAAACUAAUGGCUGAUGUUGACGAAAUGAAAAAAGAAAGAGAAAAACUCGAGGAGCAGUUCAAAGAGACGCCUUUGGACAUGGCCCCGAAAUUCCUGCAAGCUCUUUCAGCCGAGGGAUUUAUUGACAGUGAAAGAAUCAGUAAUGUUGGCUUGGAGGAAAAGUAUGGUGAAUAUCAGAGAGAGGUUGAUGAGAGUCUGAACCAGCAGGAGGCUCUAUUGGCAAAAAUCCAGGAUGCUAACAACCGUUUUGUUGCUGAAAAGCAAAGCAGUGGUGCGGCUAGUCAACGGGAUCAAAUGCUUAAGGAACUCGCUCAAGCCUAUGACGCGUUCAUUGAACUUCUCGGUAACCUUCAAGAAGGAAGCAAGUUUUACAACGAUUUGACGGAAAUUGUGUUGAAAUUUCAAUCCAAAGUCAGUGACUUGGUUUUUGCCCGGAGGACGGAAAAGGACGAUCUUUCAAAGGACAUUCAAAACCAGAUCGCGAAAAGUGCGCCUGAACGUGCCCCUGCUGUUCCAUCGCACAUUCAAGCUCAAGAAAGAUCAGUGCCAGACCGCCCGCCCCCACCGAGGUCAUCUGCUCCAUCCCAACCACCGGCGCAACAACCGGCGCAACAACCGGCGCAUCAACAGUUUCAACAGCCUCCACAAUACUGGACGGGCCCUAACGCUCCAAAUGCACCCUACCCUACCCAGUCGUACAUGCCCCAAGCAGGCAUGUAUGCACCUCCUGGUGGUAUGGCUGGGUAUGCUCCAGCGUACCAACAUGCCCCCCAUCCACAGUAUCAAGCGCCUCCGUAUGGUCAGCCCUACGGUUAUCAACAACCGCCUGUGGGCUAUUCGGGGUAUCCAUAUCAACAGCCUCCACAGCAACAUUGAUUCAGAAGGGACUAAUUAUAAUCAAUAUGGCACAAUAAUAUCAUUUAAAAUUUGGAAAUGGGCAUAUUUUGAGAACGUCCUAAUUAUUUCUAUAAGAUAAUUGUCUGUAGAACGAAGAAAUUACCAAAAGCAUAGACUUUGUAGGCAUUAUAUCACGAAGAGGGAAGCUGCAAAGGCUGAAGCUUCUUGAAUGUCUAGAUUUUCUUCUCUUCAUAUCCUAUCGUAUUUUAUCUUGACAGCUGUUCCUUUUUGUAGUUUAAUCUUUUCCCGACUUCAGAUCUUUCUAGUUUCGGGGUUAAAUGGUUUAGAGCUGUCCAAUUUUGUAUUUUCUUUUGAAUGGCGUUCUUGUGUUUACCCUAAAAUAAAGGAUUUCAUUUGGCGGUGUAAUUUAGAUUAAGAUAUGGGACAUUUCCCCCAGCCCUACCAUACCCUUACAGUUUCAGCAUGUGUUCGAUGUUCACUAAAGACUAGUUAUAACGUAGUUCAUGGAUUUUUUCUUUAUGUUGUAACACGGACUAGCUCUUUAAUUCUAAUUUUUUAAUUCAGUCAGGUUUGUAAUACGAGUAUCUGUUGACCAUAAUUUGAUGUUGUUUUCAAGAUUUCCACCUAGAUUGUUCUUAGUGAUUCCAAUAUUAGAAACUUGCUGAUAGCACUUUGAUUUGUAAAUUUAAGUGAUUUGAUUAUAUAGUAAAGCUGUGAAAUCCA